AUGUCAACCCUCAAAGUCCUCGUGGUAGGCGGAGGCAUCGCCGGCCCCUCAGUGGCCCACUGGCUCUCCCGCACCGGCGCAGAAAUCACCCUCAUUGAGCGCUCCCCCAAAGCCAGAACAACAGGCCAACAACUCGAUCUCCGGCACCAAGGCGUGUCUGUCAUGAAGAAAAUGGGUAUUGAGCCUGCGGUUCGCGCUAAGCAUGUUCACGAAGUUGGAACACAACUCAUUGACACGAAUGGUCGGACGAAGGCGUUUUUUCCGACGACUGAGAGUGGGGAUGGGAAGCAGAGUGUCACGACCGAGUAUGAGAUCCUGCGUGGUGAUCUGGUCAAGAUUUUGUUGGGGCUUACGGAGGGGAAGCAGAAUGUGAAGCAUCGCUUUGGAACGAGUGUUGCGAGCUUGACGCAGGAUGAUGAGAGUGAUCUGAAUGGAAAGGUUCAUGUCGGGUUUGAUGAUGGUGGUAAAGACGACUUUGAUCUUGUUGUUGCUGCUGAUGGAACGGGUUCAAGGACACGACAACUCAUGCUUGGACCUGACGCUCCUGAUCCACGACAUUUCCUUGGCGGUUAUAUCGGCUUCUUCAGCGUCUUGUCGAAACCGCACGACACGAAUCGCUUCACGUUCUGUCAUUUGACAGGCUCACGCUGGCUCGGUACAAGAAAGGACUGCCCGGAGAUGACGCGCGUGUACAUGAGCCUACAGGGUCAGAAUGAGGGUCUUGCAGCGGCGCAUCAGUCGGGAAAGCUGGAGGAUCUCAAAUCUGCUUGGGCGAAUGUUUUCGCAGACGGGAAAUGGGAAAGUGAUCGGUUCAUGGAUGCCUUGAAGAAUUCACCAGAGGCAGAUGAUCUCUACUCCACGCCCUCCCAAGAAGUUCGACUUCCGCCUGGGUCGUGGUCCAAAGGUCGUGUUGUAGCCAUCGGCGACGCAGCACACGCUCAAACAGCGAAUGGCUAUGGAACAACAUGGGGUAUCGUUGGUUCGUAUAUCCUCGCUGGCGAAGUCGCGACUCUGUGCAAACAAGAUCCCAGCAAGGGAGUUGUACAGGGCGUGAAGAGAUACGAAGAGAUCUUUCGACCUAUUGCAACGUCUCUGCACGGCAACCAAAGCAUAUUCGCUAGAACGGUCUUUGCACCAAAGACGGAAUUUGGAGUGCAGAUGCUUCACUCGCUGGCAAGAAUGGCAUCAUGGUUCAAGCUAGAUCAAGGAAUGGGUCUUCGUUCCAAGAUCGCAAACUGGCAAGUUCCAGAAUAUCCAGUAUUGAACGCUGAGAAAUAA